AUGUUCGGCGCGAUCGAGCCCUUCGCGGCCGCCGGAGGCGGAGGCCCCGCAGCGGCGGGCAAGGUCUCGCCCACGCCCUUCCAGGGCAGGAUGGGCGCCCAGAGCGCCCUGACGGCAGCGGUCAGGGGCCAGCCGCUGGAGGCGGGGGCCGGCCUGGCGGCGAGGCGGGGGCCGGGCGACAGGCAGAGGCGGCGCGGCGCGGGCGGUCUGCCCAAGGAGCUGAGCCAGGCCCAGGCGAUGGGAGGAAUCGUGGUCCCCAAGAAGGGCAAGAACUACCGGGGCGUCCGACAGCGGCCGUGGGGGAAGUGGGCGGCAGAAAUUAGGGACCCUAGCAUCGGGGCAAGAAGGUGGCUUGGCACGUUUGACACGGCUGUGGAGGCCGCCCGUGCAUAUGACGCUGCUGCCCGGGCCAUCCGGGGCCAGAAUGCACGUUGUAACUUCCCCCUUCCCACUGACCCAGGCCGGAAGUCCCCGAUCCCUGCCCUGCGCAUGCACACCCUGCCCUUCUUGGGCAUGGCCACGCAGGAGGCGAUUGCAACCAGGGCCGAAUACCCGAUGCGCAGUCCUGGGUGUUUGCUGCCGACCCAGCAGCGUCAGGCACACGUGACCAGUGCUGGCUUGGAUGGCAAUGGGAUGGGUGUCCAAGAGGAGAUGAGGUGGGGCAGAAGUGCCUGCCAGCCCAGUGGAGGAGCAAGCCAAGAGGCUUUCAAUUUUGAAGAAGAGAAUCUCAGCAUCAAUGAUAGUAGCACAAUAGGUUCAGAUGGAUAUGCAGGCUUGGAAGAUGAUGACGAGUCGCUUAUUCCAGCUGAGAAACUGGGAAUGAAUUCUUCAGAGUUGCCAACAGGAGUGAUGCCCAUGAGCGGGGCACAAUCGAUUCCCAUUGGCAGCCCCGACAUGUUGAGCCAGUCGGCCGCCAUGAGGACCGGCCUGACGCUGCCAGAUGGCUGGAAGCUGUGGGGGAGUCCUCUGCAGACGGCCGCGCCAGCCGGGACCUCGCCCAGGUCCCAUAGCAUCCCCUUCGGGUCAAUGGGCCGGUCCGCAGACAUGGUGGACAUGGUCACGCGAAUAAUGGAGGCCGGAAACAUGUCAGUGGGCAGCUUCAACAAUGAAGAGACAGGCUCGAACCCGCUGUUCCGGCAGGUGGCAUCCUACGAAGCAGAGUUUAUGGCGCCAAGGGACGAUCCGCCCAAGGAUAGGGCCGGGGACAUCGACGAGGGGUUUAUGUAUGAGGCGACCCCAUCCAGCGAUGUGCCAAAUUCAGAAAACGGCGGGCAGGUCGCUGGUGCAGGAGCAGAUCCAGGGACGUGGAUGAAGACUGGACGCACCAGCCCGUUUGGGUCCAGGGGUUUCGGCAGGCAGGCAGGGGCGGACUUCUCCCCAGUGCCAUUCUUCGCGGGGGGGUUGGCCGGGGGCCAUGCACCAGAGUGCGUUGGGAACGGGAUGGUGGCUGCCCCCACAGGGUGCCUGGUGGCGCAGAUGGAGCUGGCACCCACGGCAGAGAUGAGCUGGCCGGCGGUGAUGGGCGGAAUGGCGGGGAUGCCCAGCUAUGGGCAAAUCCCAUUUCCUCAGGUGGGGCCUUGGGUGGGGGCGACUGCACUGGGGACGCCUGUGGCACAGGGCCAGAGACAGCCGGGCAGCAGCGGGCACAUGUGA